UAGGGUUUCGAGAGAGAGAUAAUGGGUGGAGGAGGACAUGGCGGAGGUAUAACUUACAAGGGAGUCACUGUUCACACUCCUAAGACGUGGCACACCGUCACCGGAAAAGGCUUGUGCGCCGUUAUGUGGUUCUGGAUUCUGUACAGGGCAAAGCAAGAUGGUCCUGUAGUUAUGGGAUGGAGGCACCCUUGGGAUGGCCAUGGUGAUCACGGUCACGGGGAUCAUCACUAGGUCUCACUGAACCUUUGAAGAUCAUGACGACAAAAGGGAUGGUCUCUUGUUUUUUUUUAAUUUUCAGCUUCAUAUGUCGAAAUAAAGAGAACUGUGAAGAAGACGUGAAUUGUUAUUGUACACAACGUUGUAAGACUUGCUACUUCUGUUUAAGUUUCUGCUUGUGUUGCACUUCCUGAUGAUGUUGUCAUUUUGCUGUCUACAAAUUAAUUUGAAAUAAAAUGCAUUGCGAGAU